AAUCAAGAGCACACACACGCCCUCUUCGCUUCAUCUCACCCACCAUGGCUGCCCCAUCGUACAAGCUCUUCUGCAUCGGCAACCCCUUGUUGGACCUGCAGGUUAGAGAUGGCGAAGGGCUGCUCAAGAAGUACGAUCUCAAGGCCAACGAUGCCAUUCUGGCAGAGGAAAAGCAUAUGCCGAUCUAUGACGACCUGGUCAAAAAUUACCAAGUCACCUACGUCGCUGGAGGAGCAUCCCAGAAUGCUGCUCGAGGUGCUGCCUAUGUCCUUCCACCCGACUCCGUUGUCUACACCGGAUGUGUAGGUGACGACAACCUCGCAGACCAACUCCGCGCUGCGAACAAGCGCGAAGGUCUCCACGAGCGGUAUCUCGUCAAGAACGGCGAAAAGACUGGCGCUUGCGCUGUCGUGCUUACUGGUCACGAUCGUUCCCUCGUUACGACUCUGAGAGCUGCUGAGAAGUUUGAAAAGUCCCACCUUUCGUCACCAGAAGUAGCGCCUCUGAUCGAUGCUGCCAAAGUCUUCUACGUCGAGGGCUUUUUCCUCACACACGGCACCGGAUCCAUACUAGAGGUCAGCAAGAAGGCUUCAGCUGCCUCCAAGGUGUUCGCGUUGAACCUCUCAGCGCCUUUCAUUCCCCAGUUCUUCAAGGAUCAGCUCCAGAGCGUUUUACCUUACUGCGACGUCAUCAUCGGGAACGAGACCGAAGCCGAAGCAUAUGCCUCCGCGACAGGUCUUCCGGAACCCAAGAACCUCGUCGCAACUGCCAAGGCCAUCGCAAUUUCGCCGAAAGAGAACAAGAGCCAGCCCCGCGUUGUCAUCUUUACUCACGGACCGGAGUCAACCGUACUCGUGUCCAGCGCGGAACCGGAUAAUGCCAAGGUGUUCAAUGUGACGCCAAUUCCAGAUGACCAGAUCGUAGACACCAACGGUGCUGGUGACGCGUUCGCGGGAGGCUUUCUGGGUGCCCUCGUUGCGGGCAAGAACCUCAACGACUGUGUCGAGGCCGGGCACAGGAUGGGUGCCAUGUGUGUCCAGCUGGUUGGACCUCAGUUCAAGUGGCCCAAGGUUCAGAUUCUGUAAUUUUUGGAACAACAUCAAUGGACAUAUUCUUUUGUUUCUCUCCAUAUCCAUUGCACGCUCUCAACAGCGAAACCAUCCCGUGGAUACCACGCUCUCCACAGCAUUGUAGCACUCUAAAUUGUCUCAUUCCCAAUGUAUCCAGGAUACGGAAUCGAUUGGUUAGCAACAUAAUCAGUUUCCUCGGCACCCCUGGACGCCACAUCAUCAAUGACAAGUA